GAGAGGUCCUUUUUCUCUAACAAUGCCGCGUAGAGUUGAAUAAAUUAUACAGAACGGUUACAGUCGAGUCUGUUGGGUUGCUUCAAAUCAAGUUACAAUAUAAUACAUAGUAGAUUUGGGUUUUGAAAAGCACUGAGCAACCACACCAAUGACCAAACCCAUCAACCUCCAUUGAGAUUGAGAGGGACCUCUCCUCCACCAUUUUCUCUAUUCUUCAAGCAAACUCCAUUCUCUUCUCUCGCUUCAUUCCAUUCAGAUCUUGCUAGGGUUUGGUCUCUUUUUCAUUCGUAUUUAUGGUCAUGUCUUAGAGAUCACUCUCAUUGUUCACACUGCCCGGAAUCCGGAUCGCUGGAAAAUGGUGGUUUCGGGGCCAAUCACCCCUGGACAGGUGUCAUUUUUGCUUGGGAUUAUCCCGAUUUUUGUCGCAUGGAUAUAUUCAGAGUUGUUAGAAUACAAGAAAACUUCUUCUCCUCCUAAAGUUCAUUCCGACAGUAAUCUGGCUGACUUGGAAAUGGACACUAUAAAGGAAGAUGAUCGAGCUGUUUUGCUUGAAGGAGGCCUCACAAAAUCAGCAUCUGCAAAGUUUCAUGCUUCAUCAAUCAAAGCAAACUUAAUUAGGUUUCUGACUAUGGAUGACUCUUUCUUGCUGGAGAAUCGCACAACUUUGAGAGCAAUGUCUGAGUUUGGGGUGAUUCUGGUAUAUUUUUUCAUAUGUGACCGCACAAACAUACUGGGAGACUCAACCAAGAUAUACAAUCGGGAUCUUUUCCUCUUCCUCUACUUUCUUCUCAUUAUAGUUUCAGCAAUGACUUCCUUGAAGAGACAUGGUGACAAGUCUUCAUUCUCGGGAAAAUCAGUCCUCUACCUUAACCGCCACCAGACUGAGGAGUGGAAAGGAUGGAUGCAGGUCUUGUUUCUUAUGUACCAUUACUUUGCUGCAACGGAGAUGUACAAUGCAAUUCGUGUCUUUAUUGCUGCAUAUGUUUGGAUGACUGGAUUUGGCAAUUUUUCUUAUUAUUAUAUCAGAAAAGACUUCAGUGUUGCUCGGUUUGCUCAGGUAAUAUCACGCAGCAUAGGAAGUUAUACUAUUCUUUCUUCUCUAUGCAUACUAACCAAAACGUCUCGUAACCUUUUGAAAUCUUUGGUUCAGAUGAUGUGGCGGCUAAAUUUCUUUGUGGCAUUUUGCUGCAUUGUUCUUAACAACGACUAUACGCUGUACUAUAUCUGCCCAAUGCACACCCUAUUCACUUUAAUGGUGUAUGGAGCCCUUGGUUUAUUUAACAAGUAUAACGAGAGCAGCUCGGUAAUGGCUGCGAAAAUUUUUGCUUGCUUUCUUGUGGUUAUCUUGAUUUGGGAAGUUCCUGGAGUUUUUGACAUUCUCUGGAGCCCUUUCACAUUUUUGUUAGGGUAUACUGAUCCUGCAAAGCCAGCUCUCCCUCUACUGCAUGAAUGGCAUUUCCGAUCUGGAUUAGAUCGUUAUAUUUGGAUCAUUGGCAUGAUAUAUGCCUAUUUUCACCCUAAUGUUGAGAGAUGGAUGGAAAAGUUGGAGGAGUCUGAGUCCAAGAGGAAACUAGCAAUCAAAACAGGCAUUGUUGCAGUUUCUGUAUUUGUUGGAUAUCUGUGGUAUGAAUGGAUCUACAAGAUGGACAAGGCUACAUACAACAAUUACCACCCUUACACUUCAUGGAUCCCCAUUACUGUUUACAUUUGCUUGCGGAAUUUCACUCAGCAGCUUCGGAAUUUCUCUUUGACUCUUUUUGCGUGGCUUGGAAAGGUAACAUUGGAGACUUAUAUUUCCCAGUUCCACAUCUGGCUGAGAUCAAACAUGCCUAAUGGACAGCCUAAGUGGCUUCUUUCUCUCAUCCCUGAAUAUCCAUUGCUGAACUUCAUGCUCACAACCGCCAUCUAUAUUCUGGUAUCUCAUCGUGUCUUUGAACUAACCAAUAGUCUAAAGACAGCUUUCAUACCCACUAAAGACAACCGGCGACUGCUGUAUAAUUUUAUUGCUGGCGCUGCUAUUUCCUUAAUUUUGUAUUGCAUCUCUCUCAUUCUGCUUCAGAUCCCUCAUUCACCAGCCUGAAAAAUCAAUACCCGAGAGUCGGUAAAUAGGGGGUUUCCAGUUGGACUUACGCAGAAACGUAGACGAGUGAAAUAAGGGAUGAAAGAUAUUGUUUGCAGUUCUAGGUCACAAAGAAAACCAUAUUCAAGAGAUUUGAGGGAAAGUGCUCUCAAAUUCAAAUAUGCCUCGCCUGCAAAAGUUGGAAGUCAAAAUGGCCUCGGCUAAUUGUGCAGAGGAUCGGCAGGGGAUGGAAGAAAUUUUUGUAGUAUUGUUGAUCACUGUAUGUAAUUUCUUUUCCUUGAUUCUAUCAUUGAAGAAAAUAUAGGCACCAUAAGAUAGAUUUGUUGUAUGGCGUCGAGAAGAAAAGAAGAAUCGAAAAAAAAAACCCUUCAGUAAUGUUACAACUUUCAUCGCUCAUUUAUCCUGUAGAGUGGUGUAUACAUGCAGAAUCCUGUGUAUUUGAUUUGUUGACUUCUAUUUCCGAAGUACAGAUAUGAAUUUGUCUGUUUCAUCACA